AGCUUUCUUGCAAAGAGCAAGAUCAUCACGUCCUGGAUCGUGAAAGUGUCCAGAGCGAUAUACCCAGCACAACACACACACACACAUACAAACACACACACGCCACACGCAGAGCGCGUUUGCAUGCGCGCACAUCGGCUCGUACCUCUGUUGACAGCGGAACAGACUCGGGCAUCGCAGACAGCAAAGGUUACAAGCGGAAAGCAGCGUUGCAACUGAAAUCUUUGGCUCUUACUGCUGUUACGAUGCAAGCGAGUGCCUAGCUGCAGAAAAAAUAAGAGUUGCAGCAAUUUCAAGGAACACAAGGGGAAUGAAGAGGACAUUCUGCCGAGAGUAAGAUCCGGAGCUCCGCUCAGCUAACAACCCCGGCCGAUCAGUAGCGACAGCAACGCGACGCUCCAUUUCAAGUUUCGACCAGGCAGUCUCGGACCAGAAGUGCGUUUUUUGUUAAAAAGGGAUAUCGUUGAGACCUUUGAGAGGAGUCGGACCCAAGAGGAGGACAGGCUAAAAAUAUAUAUUUAUACCAACAUUGCCGGAGAAGAGUGAUCAGCGACGAUGGCGAUAAGGAACUCGUUGUGGAAAUACUAUUUGGGAGUUUUGUGCGUUUUAUGCAGGAUGGCUGUAUCAAAUUGUGAAAUUUUGGCACCUAUAUAUUGGAAUUCCUCAAAUCCCAAGUUUCUACCUAGUAAAGGAUUUGUGAUGUUCCCACAAAUAGGAGACAAACUUGAUAUUAUCUGCCCGAAGGUGGACUCCAGGAUUACUGGACAGUAUGAAUACUUUAAACUAUAUAUGGUGUCGAAAGAUCAAGCAGACAAUUGCAACGCUGUGCUCAGCCCCACACCUUUACUCAAUUGCAACAAGCCGGAUCAAGAUGUCAAGUUUACCAUCAAGUUUCAGGAAUUCAGCCCUAACCUCUGGGGACUGGAAUUCAGAAAACAUGAAAACUACUACAUUAUUUCAACUUCAAAUGGUACUUUGGAAGGACUGGAAAACCGAGAAGGAGGAGUGUGCCAAACCAAAGCCAUGAAGCUUAUCAUGAAAGUUGAACAAGAUGCAAAUUCUAUGGGACGAAAUGACAAAGCACCCAGUGGUCCCGGGAAAGGACGAGACGGCGCCACAAGCAAGCCCACCCAAAAGACUGAGAAUGAAGGCGGGACAAACUCGUUCAGUACUAACAACAAGCCUUCCACUGCACCCAGGGACACCCAGAGCAGGUUCCUCAAUUCCGAUGUGGCCUUAUUUGCAGGCAUUGGAUCGGGCUGUGUGAUCUUCAUCAUCAUCAUCAUUAUGUUGGUGGUUCUGCUGUUGAAAUACAAGAGGCGACACAGAAAACACUCUCCACAGCACACCACCACCCUCUCGCUCAGCACGCUGGCUACCCCCAAGAGGGGAGGCAAUAAUAAUGGUUCUGAACCCAGUGACAUUAUCAUCCCAUUAAGGACUGCAGACAGCGCCUUCUGUCCACAUUAUGAGAAAGUCAGCGGAGAUUAUGGACAUCCUGUAUAUAUAGUCCAGGAGAUGCCACCACAAAGCCCAGCAAAUAUAUACUACAAAGUCUGAGAUAAAAGGACAGAGGCUAGUUUGGGAUCCUGAAGAAUACUCUUGGCCUGUUGCAACCUGGGUCUUCUGCUGAAAUUAGUGGUGACUCUUUCUCUUUGCACCAGGAUUGACUUUAAAUAUGUAGAAGAAUUAAAGGGGAAAAUGGAAGCUUUGCAGGAAAUUCAGCUGAAGAGAGAGCUGGUUAGUGUCUACGGUUUGUGUAGGAAUCUGGUUAAAGUUAAGUACCAGGAGCAGCAAGUUGAAGGAAAGUUGAGUCAGGGACUCAACCAAUUUGUUCCAUCUUCUACUUUCACCAUUAAUUUAUGGACCACAUGUUACAAACAUACAGGAAGCAAAAUGCAAAAUUGAUGUUUGUACUAUCUAUCACUGUAUUUAUAACCAAUAAGGUUUUAUGCUUUGGAUAUUCAGCAAUAGAAAAUAGUCAGUCUGUACUUUCCCUAGACUGUUAACUUUUAUAUUAACCGGAUUUCAUAAAUCCACCUCUGUCCUUGUUCUUGUGCUUUUGAUUUUUUCUCCCUCUUCUUGUUUUCCUGUUACCAGUAUUACUUAUUAACCUGAAGGCCACUUUGCCUUCGAACACAAUCACUAGAACUUCAGGAACUUUGUAGAACGUACCACAAUAUUAACCUUAACUAAUCAUCCCAGUCACCAGUGGUAGACAUCGCACAGCAGUUACAUUGUAAUCAGUUAGACAUAAGAGUUGGCGACGUGUUAUAAAUGAGCAGGAGACUACACGUUCAUCUGUGACAUUUAACUGCAUUUGCAGUGGUAUGCUGCUGCCUUUUUGAAUCUGAGAAGGAAGUGUAGAGAUAUAGAUUAUUUAGGGAGCACUUUGGUACUAAAAGUUCCAAGAUAUAGGCUGGUAGACAUGGUAACAAGCACAGUGCUGUAGGGCUGCACUUUAAAUUAACACAAAAAAAAAAUAUUUUGAGGAAAACUG